UGCCAGAGGGCUCUCCCUAAAACGGUGCGUAUUGCAUCUACAUAACUAAGGAUUUUCUUUUACCCCGGUGGAUUCAGUUUCCCUUACAUAGGCAUGGCCAGUGAUUCCGUCCAUGCCAAACAACAGUUGAGCUUCAAAGGCGGGUAUUACGAUCUUCAUCAAAUUCUCCGAGUCAGAUCUCAGAGCAACCCCAACAAAUCGCCAAUCAGCUUCUACUGAUUUAUUUUCUCUGCCGGAGAUCUAAAUUCUAGUUUUCUUCUCUCAUUUUCUUUUUGAAAUCAAUGGGGGUGGUAAUCGAGAGCUCUGUUUGGGAGCCGGCUCCCUCUCUUUUCAUCUUCAUGUUCGUUUGCUGCUUCUUGUCGAUAGCGCUCUUUCCUUACUUCUCCAAGAACAGAGCCAUCACUACCUUUGAUCAUGGAAUUUCAUCUUCCUUUCUUAUCUUCCAAAUAUACUUCCUGUUCCUCUAUUCCCUCUCUUCAGUGAUGGAAGGCCUGUGGUCCGUCUACGGAGAGGCUGAGCUUGUUUACUAUGGAAUCACUAAGGAGCAAAUCGUGUCUUAUCUUUGUGUGGGAUAUGCAGCUGCUCUCCUUGUUGGUUCUUUCGUAGGAAUGCUUUCUGAUUUGAUGGGCCAAAAGAAAGUUUGUUUGAUCUUUUGCAUCCUACACCUUUUUGUUGGCAUAUGGAAGAGGAUUACCACAAAUCCAAGUGUUUGGGUAGCAAAUAUCUGUUUGUCCCUUGCCACAUCCAUAUUUUCAGUGAGUUUUGAAACAUGGGCAGCUGUUGAACAUGAAAAGCAAGGUCAGAGGAAGGAGUCAUUGAGUGACACCUUUUGGUUAAUGACUUUCUUUGAGUCUUCAUCUUUAAUUGGAAGUCAGAUGCUAGCAAAUUGGCUGGCAGGCAGCAAUGUGGAAAAAGGCAUGGCAUCUGCUUCCACUUUAUCCAUCAUCCUUGCAGUGAUAGGCAUCAUUGCUGUUACUAGAUGUUGGAAUGGAACUAUGCAGACGCUUUCACUAAAGGACUACAGGAUGGCCUUCUAUACAUAUGUUCUUAGUGAUAAAAGGAUAUGGCUGUUGGUAACAGGACAAAGUUGCCUUCAGUUCUCAAUCGCAACAUUCUGGAUUCUUUGGGCUCCAACUCUGGUGGCUGAUGGGCGAGAAGUAUAUCUUGGAUUGAUCUAUCCAUUUUUGUUGGGAGCAAGGAUGCUUGGAAGCACUGUUUUCCCUUGGCUUAUUAGUGGACCAUCAGCACUUCGUAGUGAAGAUUGCCUUGUGUAUGCAUUCUCUGUCCUGGGGUUUGUCUUGUCUAUAGUUGCUUAUGAUUAUCAGGAAAUAAGAGUCUUAGUGACCCUAUUCUGCUUAUUCCAUGCUUGCCUAGGCCUGAUUCUACCUUCACUUGCAAAAUUGAGGACCAUGUAUGUUCCAAACGAAUUGCGCGGAGGGAUGAUAAGCCUGUCGUUAGCUCCUUCUAAUGCAGCAAUGUUGUUUUUUCUGAUGCAGAGAGGCUACUAUCAUAGUGUUGAGAAUUCCACGAUAAUGGCAUUUGCCGCCCUUGGGUUAUUCAUAUCAGCUGGAUGCAUGCAUGUAUUAAAGCGUUGGGGGAAACAGCCACAUCAAGACUGGCAUAAAUUAUGAUUUCACGCCCACGUACUUGUUAAACUCAGUAAUUUGAUGCCUUCAGGAUGCAGGUGAACAAAUUCCAAGCCUUCCAAGUUUUGAUCGGAGCCUGGUAGGAGAUACACAUAAUGGAAAAGGAAAAAAUCAAACAAAUAUCCGUUCAGAACUACUAGAAGAGGUGACCAGUAGGUAACUCGGUGACAACAACAAAAAUUAUAUUUCUGAGGCGACCUUAAUCUGUCAAUGGUUUAAGAGAGCGAAGAGGAAGAACCAUGCAGUGUUCAGUUGUUUAUUGGGAUAUAGAUAUUUUUACUGCUGUUCAGGUAGAGUUUUGAAGAUCCAACUAGGCCAAUUAGCAAAAUGAGCCAAUGGCAAAUAGCUGCAUUUUAAAGGUACUGCACUGACGCAGCAGUGGGAGGAAAGCAACGCUGGAUCUAAGGUUCAUUUUUAUAAGGAAAUUCAUAUUUAUUUCUUCUUUCUAGAUUUUUUAAUUGGCAUCUUUUUUUUUUUCUGUAGAAUAUAAAGAUCGCCUUUAUGUUAUUAAUUUAAAUCCUGCCCAAACUCCUAAUACCUGAUUGAGAAUGGGAAAUUAAGAAGUUACUAAAGAAA